AUGGAAACUCAGAUCAUCAGCUCUAUGAUCCUGAUGCGGACAGGUUCCUGUGUCUACACCUCCAUUGUGCAAUAUGGACGAGGCGGUUUCUGGGGCAGGAGUGGAGGCAGCACAGACAGUGAGGACGAAGAAGAGGAGGACGAGGAGGAGGAGGAAGACGAGGAGGGCAUUGGCUGUGCAGCCCGUGGAGGGGCCACCCCCCUGUCCUACCCCAGCCCUGGCCCUCAGCCUCCAGGCCCCAGCUGGACAGCCACCUUUGAUCCAGUGCCUCCAGAUGCCCCGACCAGCCCCCGAGUUUCCGGGGAGGAAGAGCUGCACACUGGGCCUGCAGCCCCACAGGGGCCCAUCAGUGUGCCCCAGGGCCUCCCCACUCAGAGCCUGGCCAGCCCUCCUGCCCGUGAUGCCCUGCAGCUCAGGUCUCAAGACCCCACACCCCCCUCAGCACCUCAGGAAGCCACAGAAGGCAGCCAAGUCACGGAGCCCUCAGCCCCCUGCCAGGCCUUGGUUAGCAUCGGGGACCUUCAGGCCACCUUCCACGGGAUCCGUUCUGCCCCCAACUCCUCGGACAGUGCAACCAGAGACCCCUCUACCUCUGUCCCACCCUCCGGGCCCCACCAGCCCCCCCAGACCAGAGAAGGGGAGAAGAGCCCAGAGCCCUUGGAGCUUCCCCAAAGCCAGAGUGCCCAGGCCCUCACGCCUCCUCCGAUACCCAAUGGCUCUGCCCCGGAAGGGCCUGCGUCCCCAGGCUCCCAAUAGCUGCCUGGUGUGGCAGCGGCGGCCAAAUCUUCCGUCCUCCCGUGGAUCUCCCAGGGUGGGGGCGGGGCGGGUCCCACGAUGGCCCCCAUUGCCCUCAUCACCCUGACACCCCCACAUUCUCUCCUCUGGACCCCCAGGAGGCUGGUGCCAGGGAGACAGGCCCAACCCACCCCCAUUUGCACUGAGAAGAGAAGUUUUGGAGCGUUGCCUCCUAGAAUAAAGAUAAAGAGAGUCAAAUAGAGAGAAUGGAGAGAGAGAAGCGUAUAUUAUAUAUUAUAUAGAGAGAGGGAGGAGAGCGAGAGAGAGUGAGGACACCCAGCUGGGCUGGCGGCUCCAAAGCACAGCCUUCCCCGUUCCGUCCCAGUGGGAGCUGGUGUUAGGGGACCCAAGGUUGCCACCCACGUGCCCAGCUGUCCCACGCUCCAGCGCAGACGGCCACACCCACACCCGGCCUUUUAGCUCAGGUCCACCAUGGGGGACGGCCCAGCGUGGGUGGGGGUGCCAGAGGGUCCCGAGUGGGUGCCGUGCCUUUGCCCAGACCCUGCACUUUCAACCAGGCCAGUCCGGCUCUGGGGAGCAGGGGCCUCCCCGGCAACACCCCCAGGGGCCUUGAGGGUCUGAGGUCCCAGCCCUGUUGCCAAGUGGCCUUGUCCCCAGCUCCCUCCUCCCAGGCUGGUGUGAGUGUGCGUGCGUUCGUGCCGAGCUUCUAUUUCAUAUUGCAAAUAUAAAUAAAGGAAGACAGUUUACGA